AUGGAUGAUGGCGAAGAUUACUUAAGGCGAGGUGGUUGUGGCAAAAGAAACAAAAGCAGCUGGUCUAGAAACUCUAGAAGAGGUGGCAAUGACGGGCUAAUUGGCAAUAGUUUAUUACCGAGUAAAACUCUAGCUGGAUUGCUCUGUUCUCGAGACUAUCCUUCUACAGGUGGUAGAAUGGCGGUGGCGAAGCUGUUGUACAUAAUCGUGGUAGAGGAUGAUGCGGAAACGGAGAAGGAUACUGCGUUUCGAUACACGCGUUCCGUUCUGCAGAGCACUCUGCAACUCAUGGGAUGCAAGGCUCGUCACGCCUUUAAGAUUAGCCGGAGAAUAUUUGAAAUGGUGAGAAGUGCAUGCCUGGCAGAUAAGUUGGUUUCAACAUGUGAAGAAGUGUCACGCCAGGAUGCUAAAAUAUAUAACCAGAGGGAGGUAGAGUAUUAUGCUGAUGCCUGCUUGGAUAAAGCAGAUCUUGUUGAUCAUUUGGUUUCAGAGGAAGAAAAAAAUAAGAGCAAACCAUUUGAAUUGUACAAAAUACGCACCACUGCAGUUGUCAGGAGAAAAAAAUUCCUAGAUGUUGCUUCUGAAGCUCUUGCAGAGUACAAGUAUGUUGGCCCAGAUCAGAGGGCUGAUUUGGCUAUAGCUUGCAGAAUCCGAGAACGAAAGGAAUCUGUUACUGUACUAUUGUGUGGCACAAGUGGCUGUGGUAAAUCUACUUUGUCUGCUUUGCUUGGUAGCAGGUUGGGUAUUACGACUGUAAUAUCUACUGACUCAAUCCGGCAUAUGAUGAGGAGUUUUGUAGAUGAAAAACAAAAUCCUCUAUUGUGGGCUUCAACUUACCACGCUGGAGAAUAUUUAGAUCCUGUAGCUGUUGCAGAAGCUAAGGCCAAAAGGAAAGCAAAGAAAUUAGCCGGUGUUUCAACCUCUUCACUAGCUAGGACUGAUGUAUCUGUUGGUUCUACCGUUGGAAAAUCACCCAUUGACGGAUGUUCCACCACCGUUGGUUUGAUCAGUCCAAAGCAGAUGGCAAUUGAAGGUUUUAAAGCGCAAAGUGAGAUGGUAAUUGACAGUCUUGAUCGGUUGAUUACUGCAUGGGAAGAACGGAAAGAAUCAGUGGUGGUGGAGGGCGUUCACUUAAGUCUCAAUUUUGUGAUGGGGCUUAUGAAAAAACAUCCUUCAAUCAUACCUUUCAUGAUUUAUAUUUCAAAUGAGGAGAAACACCUAGAAAGAUUUGCAGUCCGUGCGAAGUACAUGACCCUAGAUCCUGCUAAAAACAAGUAUGUUAAAUAUAUACGAAACAUCAGAACAAUUCAAGAAUAUCUCUGCAACCGAGCUGAUAAGCAUUUGGUGCCAAAAAUAAACAACACAAAUGUUGAUAAAAGUGUGGCAGCCAUUCAUGCAACAGUAUUUAGCUGCCUAAGGAGGCGAGAGGCAGGAGACCAGCUUUAUGAUCCAAUCACAAACAGAGUUACUGUCGUUGACGAGGAGUACAGAAAUCAGCGUGCUGCCAAUUCCUUGAGUUCCAAGGGAAUGUUUCAGUUGAUCCAAAGGAAAGGUUCUAGCAGGCAUUUGAUGGCACUUUUGAAUGACGAUGGAUCUGUGGCUAAGGCUUGGCCAGUUAACAUAAUAGAUGAAAAUGGAAAGCCAAUUGUGGGCCAGCCUAUUGAGAAUGGAGUAGGAACACCUGCCUAUGGACCAUUGCAGAUAGAUAGAGCUGAAUCUGUCAACUUGCAGUUCGGUAAUUUUGGCAUCAGUGCUUGGCCCAGUGACACUGGGGGUACUAGUCAUGCCAGUAGUGUGGAUGAGUCAAAGGGUUACCAGACUGACAAUGGUAGUAAAUAUUAUUCGUCUUGCUGCAGUUCACCCAGAUUCUCAGAAGGGCAUGCAAAGGAGCUUAAGGAAGAAAACUCAGUGCAUGGUAGUGAUGAAGAUGUUGACGAGCAGCCUGAGAUAGACAGCGAUGAGGAUCUUAGUGAUGGGCGAAAACAGAACCAAGAAGAGUUGGAAGGCUCAGUGGAUGAGGAAUCCACCAAAUCUGACGAGGAAUAUGAUGAUCUUGCCAUGCAAGAUAUCCCGGACGGCAGCUAUGUGUCUGAUAAUGAAGAGGAGUCCAAGAAUAAGACGGAUUUCAAUAAUGUAGUAUCAACUACAAAUGUCGUUAAUGGGGAUAAGUACCAACAAAAUCUUGACCUUUUCAUGCGAACCAAAAGUGAACCAUUAUCAGAGGCACUGUCCGGUACUUUUCCGUAUCCCCGCAGAGAGAAAAACGAGAGCAGAAUGCCACAUCAUGGCAAUAUCAGGUUGAGAAAACGCUCUCAUAGCAUUCCAGCCUUGGGAAAGCAGGGGUCACUAAUAACCGUUACGAUGGUUAAAGAUGAAGUUCCUAGUAAUCGAGCAGUUUUUUGA